AUGGUUGCCCCCGAGCUGGCAGCCCCUACAGAUCCCACAGACCCGGUGCCCACCGUGGUGCUGUCCCCAGGCCUCGCGGGGAGGCUCAGAGCAGCCAGAGCCAGGCCCUGUCUCAUCACCGCCAUCGCCCCCGAGACAGACGUCUUCCCGCCUCACGGGCCCACAAAUGGCUCCUUGGGGAACGUCUGGGCUUUAACUGCUUUCUGUCCAGUGUCUGUCUUGUUGCUGAGACACGGCUUUCUCAGCCGACACGGAAGGACGCAGGCAUACAGGUCCACACCACCCCUGGACACAGACAGGGCAAAGCCCAACCCCUAG